AUUUCAAACUUUAUGUUGUUACGUUCUUUUCUUUACUUAUACUUCUCAAAUCGUAAGCUGGUUACUUAUGUUUACACUAAGUUGCUUAUUUUUUUUUUUUUUUAGUUUCUAAAGGAUAUAUGAUAAGCCAGGGAAGCGUGACUUCCCCAAUGUUUAUUAUAUGCAGCCUUAUUAGCGGACAAACCCAGCCAAGUUUCUAUUACUUUUACUUUUCCCAUCUGCUCCUUAUGGGGGUAGUGGAAAGUGGAUGACAGAAAAAUUUUGAAUAGCAAAAAAGUGUUUUUUUUAAUUUAAGCAAUACUAGUUAAAUUGGAUAAUUUAAAUCUCUAUUCCAUAUGUCAAAUAAAAAGCCAAAGUAUGGUAAUCCUAAACCUAACAAAGUAAGUAAACACAUCACGUCUGAAGAAAUUAUUUUGAGAAAAAAAAAAAAAGAAGCUUUUAAAAUAUACAUAUGCCGGCUUUUGGUCCUACGUCUAAACCAGUUUAUGUGAUUUUGGGUUCUGGGGGACAUACCUCAGAAAUGGUCAAAAUAAUUCAGGCGCUAUUUCAAUUAAGUGAAGAACCGGGAUACUACAAACCCCAAAAGUAUUUGCUAGCUACGACAGACACUACCUCAAAGGUACGUUUCAAAAAGGCGCUAGAAGAGUCUAUUAACCAUCAUAUAGAACCCGAUGCCUUCAUUGAAGUUCCCCGUAGUCGCGAAGUGGGACAAAGUUGGCUGAGCACUAUUUUUACUACUUUGUAUGCUUUCAUUUGGAGUUUUUGGUUAAUAUUUCGUGAUCAGCCGCGUCUAAUACUAUGCAAUGGCCCUGGCACAUGCGUGCCUUUCUGUAUAGCCACUUAUCUAUGGAGAUUGGCAGGACGUUUGGAAAGAAAAACAAAAAUCAUUUUUAUUGAAAGUUUUUGUCGAGUUCAUACGCUAUCACUGAGUGGAAAAAUCUUAUUGCACUUCGCCGAUUUAUUUGUAGUGCAGUGGCAGCCGUUGGCCGAUAAAUACCGUCAUAGGGAAAAUGUCAAAUAUUUUGGAAAUAUUAUGUAA